GUCGCUUCGAAAUGGCUAGCACCGAGAGUCUGGAUGGCAGUGCUUUUGAGGGCGACAUCUCGGAGGUGCCUCAUGUGGGUCACCUCACCACUGAACCCCAGGAGUUGGAGUGCCCAGCCUGCCAGGAGUUACAGAUUACCCGUGUAAAACCGGAGGCGGUGACCGUUCUACAGAAGAUUGUCUGCUCGCUGAAUGUGCUCUUCUGUUGCAAUCCCAUUCGCUGGAAGGGUCGCCAUGAUGUCAAUCACUACUGCAGUUCCUGUGGCUGCUUCAUUGGACGAGACAUCACCCUGAGUUGGUACAAGAGGACUCUCUUCCGCCUCCAAAGAGGGGAGGUGGAGGACCAUGGACGCUGGCAGAGAUUCAACAAAGUGGAGAAGGAGGAGCUCGACGAGAAGAAGCUGGGCAGACAGCGCCAGGCUCUAGAAUCACAUGAGAAUUAUUAA